UGUUGGGGCCUCUGUAAAGCUGGGUGCACUGCAGGAGGAGGAGGCCUCCGGCCCUUCAAGCACAGCCUCCCAUGGACACCAAGACACAGAGCCUGCCCAUAGCCCACACCCAGCCCCAUAGCAACUCUCGACCCCAAAGGCACCCCUGCAACCAGUGCCACUGCAGCCUUCACUGCCACACCUGCAGCCACACCUGCGGCCACACCUGCAGCCGGAGCCGGAGCCGCGCCUCCAACCACAGCCCAACUGGCCCCCAGAGCCAGAGUCCUAACCCCAGCCUGCCCCUGAGGCACCAGAAACACAGCAUGCACUCCCACUGCUGUCCCCCGCGACCCACCCCUCACUCCCGCAGCUACCCCAAGAACAGAAAGAAUCUGGGAAGGAAGGUGACUAAAAGGAAGGUGGUCAAGAGGAGCCAGCAGGUGUACAAAACAAAGAGGUCGAACACAGCGCGGAAAUACAACUGAGCCGGCACCCUACGGCACCCUACGGCACCCGACUGCUGUGUCCCGUGUUGGCUGCACCCACGGCGUGCAGGAUGGAAGUCCAGCUUUGGGCAGGAACAUGUCACAACCGUGAUUUCUGUGCAACGUUGAUUAAAGCACGAUGGGUGACCAUU